AUGGACACUGGCCAGCCCCCGUCGACUUUAACACUGAUUGGACUGAGGUUUGAUCCACUGAGACAGCACCCUGUGAAUCCUGCUGUUCCUGUUAUUCUUUCUGGUCCGGGGCCGAAUACUACAUCAACGAGGACCAUCUUCCUCAACCACCCGUUUGAAAGGUUGAGUCCUAUACUGGCAUCGAGUCCAAGGAUUGUCGAGGUCGAUUCCAAGAAACGCUCAUCUGUCUACCUGGACGUGAGAGAAAUCGACACCAUGCACAGCAGAUCAAUAUCUGCUACCGACUUUUUCGACGACUGUUCAUCCGAGUCCGACUCCGGAGCCAGCGCAGCCUUACUCGCAAGGACAUGUACGGAUACUCCCGGAAUUGGUCACCGCAGCAAACCUCAUACCAUAAACAACGACGAUAGAAGCGUGCCACGGGGUCGAAGCAGACACCGUCGCACCACCACUGUGCUCUCCAACGUGACGAGCCUACCAGUCAACAGCUCGGACUACAGCGGCUUCAACGAAGAACAUACCGCGGGAGUUGUCGUGAUGGAAGACGGAGACGCACCAAGCCAUGCCUGGAAGAUGUCUUUGACGCGUCUCAAUAAGGAGAACGUACGGUUGGUGGAUGGCAGGUCCCUCAGAUCGAGUAUCGACUCACCCCGGCAUUCCAUCUUCAACGGCUACAACAACAGCUCUCUCCCCGUAUCUCCAGCAUACCCUGCAUCAGCCUUGUCCGCCAUGUUCUCAGCUAGUGCGACCUCAAGGGAUAAGGUGCGUGAGAAUGGCGAGGAUACACUCACGCCUCUACCGCAGAGUCCUACGUUCCGGAACGGUUAUCACCGGAGGAAUGCUUCAGAUGGUGAUAGCAGCUCUGAUAGUGUACUUGCAGCUUCUAUCGCCAAUGCACAUGUGAAUGCGAUGCGUGCACUGGAGGCAUUGAGCGCCGAUUCAAAAAGUAACGAGAAUCUGGAGAGGAGUGGGGGCAAAGGAGUGGAGAAGGUGGAAGCUGGGCGUAGUGAUUUGAACUCGGGUACUACGACUAGUUGGCCCAAGUCUGUAACCUCGUUAUCUGCGAAUCGGCAGAUCAAGCUGAGCGCUCUGUCAACGGGAACAGUAACACCCAAACGAGGACAGGAAGCAAGACGCGGCCAUGAUUGCGCUGCUUCCCCAUACGUCAAUGAAACGAACCCCUUUGCCACACCCUUGCCAGACACCAUCUUAUCUUUCCCGGCAAUGGACUACACCUGCGAUUCCAAUCGCCUGCCCAACUUCUCCCUCCCUGCUUUCAAUCCUAGUAUUCGUAGUGCAGAAGACUAUGCUAGGUUGGACUCAGCCUGUACCAGUAAUUUCCCCGAGGAAGUUGCAAGUUACCUGCCCAGCAAGCCCGAAACUGCUUACAACGCUCGAAAAGGCAAGCAUGUACUCGGUCUCGUGACGACGAGUGUGGAGGGCUUGGACUUGAGGAGUCGAAGAGAGAGGAAUGAGAGUGUGCAGGGCUUGAUACGGAGUCAGGCCGAGCCAGGUGAUGGGAAAGGGAGGAAACAUAGCAGUGCGAGGCAGAGCGCAGGCAAUUUGGUUAUCUGGGUCGGGAUGAAGCGGUGGACGUGGAAGAUGCGCAGUGAGCCGGACAGAGGGAGGGGAGGCAACAAUGAGCUUGGACAGGCGAACUUGGAGGAGAUUGUUCUACCGAGCAAGCCCUUGGACAGCGAUGCUGAUGAUGAGAAGCAGGGAUAUCGCUAUCGAUAUCCGAGGCUUAACAGCGCUGACACCGACUUUGACGAUACGGUUUUUGCGGAAAGACUACGAUCGGCCAACCGCCAGUUACUUGGGCAAUCUUUCGGCUUCAGCGCUAAGACGCUGCGUGGUAUACGAUUUGGCAGGCGCAAUGUCUGUUGUAUCCCUAGUAUCCACCACACCGGACACGAACGGAGAGGAAGCGCAGAUAAACAAACAACAUCCUCGGCGCAGCUACCUCACCCCUCGGAGACCCAUCUACUCGCUUUGUACAGGAAUCCUGCUAUCGGUUUCAAAAAGUACAUGGUGGCUACGUGGGCGAGAAGGAUCGCUGUGUCUUCUGCGUCGCCGAAAGAAGCGCAUGUACCAACCCUGGAAUUGGUGUAUAUGGUCUCACCGACGAGAGUUGUUGUUGUCAUGACCGGCUUGCUCAGUAUUAGUGUCGCAGCGGCGCUGGCUUGGGUGUUUUUGGGUCAUGUUGGGUAUGGGGAGGAGACGGCAGGACCGGGUCAGCGGGUGGGAAGUGGUAUGGCGAUUGGUAUUCUGGUGCUGUUAGUUGAGACGUGUGGGUUUUGGGCUUGGGUUGCGUUUUCAUAG